AUGGGUAUCAGCAUCGAUUGGCCGGAAUUGCUUGCAAUUUACAUUGCCUGCUACCUCUGGGACCCUUCCUGGUCAGGCAAACAUAUUUGUAUGUUGUGCGACAACUUGCCAGUUGUCUCCAUCAUCAACUCCAAACGCUAUAAGUCCCCUAGGAUCAUGGACCUCGUACGAGCUAUUACAAUCCUUACCUUAGAACACAACUUUUCCUUUACUGCUAGACAUAUCCCUGGGCUAGAUAAUUCAAUAGCUGAUUCUUUGUCCCGUUUUCAGAUGGACCGCUUCCGUCACCUGGCUCCCAACGCCUCACCCUCCCCCUGCGUCAUCCCUCCAUCAGGGACAUCAAUUUAACAGCUUCUGUUUAUCGCUACUUUGGUGCGUCCCUUGCCCCAGCCACCAAACGUUCUUAUAGUGUCGGUCAAAACCAUUUCAUUUCCUUCUGCCUUAUGCAAGGGUUAAUUAGCCCCUCUACGCCCCUUCUCCCCGCAUCUGAAAUUACCCUGAUUUAUUUUGUCUCCCAUUUAGCCAAAACCGUUUCCUACAAUACCAUUAAGCUAUACCUGUUUGCCGUUCAAGACCUCCAUAGGCAAUACAAUUUCCCCUUAAAACUCCCAAAAAUGUUUAGACUCCAGAAGGUCCUUAACGGGAUCAAACGUUCCCAAACCCCGGUCAAAUUAGAUCGUUACCCAAUUACAAUCCAAAUCCUGCAGUCUAUUUUCAACUCUUACCAGCCGCACUUGAGUUGUGACCUCAAUCACAUUAUGCUCUGGGCAGCCUUCACCUUAGCCUUUUUCGGUUUUUUACGUUCAAGCGAAUUUACCUGCAAUGACAAAGUCUUUGACCCAGCAACUCACCUUUGCCUCAAGGAUGUCACCUUUGUCCCUAACAUUGAAUCUCCCAAUUACAUGUUAGUACUGAUUAAACGGUUCAAAACAGGUCCCUUCCGCAAUGGUUGCACCCUAACCUAG